AUUACGCGACACCGCGGGGCCCACCACUUCCGCUGGCUGGUGUGUACUCGGCCGGCGACGCCCGGCGCUGGCAGCUCCGCUUCUGUGGCGCCCACAGACCCCGACUCCGACCCCAGCUGCCGCUCCGCCGCCGCCGGACCAUGGACUCCGCAGGCCAAGACAUCAAUUUGAAUUCUCCUAACAAAGGUAUGCUGUCUGACUUCAUGACCGACGUCCCUGUUGACCAAGGUGGGGCUGCUCGGACUCCUGCUGUGGAGGGUCUGACCGAAGCGGAGGAGGAGGAGCUCCGGGCUGAGCUUGUCAAGGUAGAAGAAGAAAUUGUCACUCUGCGCCAGGUCCUGGCAGCCAAGGAAAGGCACUGUGGAGAGCUGAAAAGAAGGCUGGGCCUCUCUACCUUAGAUGGGCUGAAGCAGAACCUGUCCAGGAGCUGGCAUGAUGUGCAGGUCUCUAAUGCCUAUGUGAAAACCUCUGAGAAACUUGGAGAAUGGAAUGAGAAAGUGACCCAGUCUGACCUCUACAAGAAGACCCAGGAAACCCUCUCACAGGCUGGACAGAAGACAUCUGCUGCCUUGUCCACUGUAAGCUCUGCUAUCAGCAGAAAGCUUGGAGACAUGAGGGCUCAUCCGUUCUCCCAUUCCUUUAGCAGCUAUUCCAUCCGCCACUCGAUAAGUAUGCCAGCCAUGAGGAACUCUGCAACCUUCAAGUCAUUUGAAGACCGAGUGGGGACCAUAAAGUCUAAGGUCGUGGGUGGCAAAGAGAAUGGCAGCGACAACCUCCCUUCCCCCACGGGGAGUGGUGACCAAUCUCUGCCGGAUCACUCACCUUUCUAAGAGCCUGGAAGAGCUCACCAGCCACAGAACACAUGCAAGCACAUCUCCUCACAUCUGCCACUCUGCAACGGAGCCACCAGCCAGGGCCGGUGAAGAGCUGAUUUUGAGGACAAUCAUGCUUGUCUGCGUGCAGCUGUGGCUGCUGCCUUCGCAUGAGUUAGAGAACACAGUCUUGUACAUAGAUGUUUUACACUAAAGUUCAUAGAUGAAGCAGAUCACUGUGCCAUCCUUUCUAGGGCCACAGCAAGUGGGCAGGGUGGAGGGGUACUGAGCCAAAGCCCACACUUCCUUUGAAAAUUAGCUCACUAGAACAUUGAAGGAGGAAGUGUUGUGAGUAUAAAUGAGUGACAUUUUCUAACUUUCCCUCCUUAACUCAAAAGGGAAUAUAUUCAUAUGAGAUUUACUGCCUGGUCAAAGGCUAUAUUUUGAGAUGCUAGAUUAGAAAGACUGUUCAUUUUCUGAGACUCUAGAAAGGAAACAUUGUCAGCUGCUGCCUGAUUGUUACACUAAUGACCUGGCUUUGACAGAAACAGAUUUACUAUUUUUUAAAUGCAACAGACUUUUCAAAAAUUAAAAUUAGGCAAAACAGCUUUAGCCUCAUUGUUAGGGAAUAUUUCUUUGGACUUAAACUGAAAUUCAAGCCUUAUAUCGCCUUAUGCUUUGUUUAUAAUCUUUUUAUAUAUAUAAAAUAAGAGUUCUUUAAUGGGUUCUAAGCACUCUGUAGAAUUUUACAUGAGGAUCUUAUUGCACCCUGCCUGUUUGUUACCAAUCUAUGUGUUUUAUUUCUCCUUGUAUGCAAAACCUGCUUCUCUCAAAGACUCACACUGACUCCCUGCACUGGCCAUCAACCUCAUGUGCCUGUGGGGCCAGCGGACUAGUAAGAGAAGGGUAGCUUUGUCUUUAGCGUCCCAUGAAAAGGUACAUGCCCCAAACAGGGCUUCCUUCCUUGGACCUGGCCUGGCUGGCCCAGCUGUAGGUGGUGACUCUGGCCUGCCUGUUUACUGCAUACAGUAUGAAUGAGAAGCAGAACUAGCCCCACGGGUUAGGUCAAGGAUGAGUUUAUGAGUCAGUCAAAAAACCCUGUUGUAAUCUUUACUCAAAAACUGCAAAAAUUUCUUCCCCAUUUAAAAAUUUCUGCACCCUGACAAAGUUUCUUACACCAGGACCCUUUGAGUUGAGUGGUGUGGUCUGGGGCACAGGGAAAGCUCUGUGCUUAUGUGUCUUAGCAGGGCACUGAAACCUUACCUGCUGAGUGCGUGUCUGUGUCCUCUUCCUGGGGAAAUGGCUGCUCAGUUCACAGUAUCCUGUUGAUCGAGCAUGACAAGUGCUUUGGCCACAUUGGACACCCUUGGGGGACUGAAAUACACACAUGGCUGGAGAAGAGUCCUACUUGGUGUCCAUUUUCCAGGACUAAGAACUCACUUGUGUGAGUAGGCAGUGUGAGUGCAGGUCACUGGUGUGUUUUCCUACAGUGCAUAAUGGGAAAUUUGUCAAUAAAGCAUUCCUUUGGGGGAAAGUCCA